AAGUACAUUAGAUUAGAGUUGGAACUAGAAAGAUACGUUUCUGACUUUCUAAUCCACGCACACAACCAUGAGUCGCAAGCGGGACAGACCCAAUGUUUCCCGCCAAGCUUCCAAGCGCCGCCGCCCCCUGCCGGAGCCCGUGGAGGAGGAGAGACCCUCGAUUAGGCCGUCACCGCCGUCAGCAUUGGUCGUAAUGGGUCUCCCUAUCGACUGCUCUGUCCUCGAUCUCAAGUCCCGAUUCGAGAUCUACGGCGCCAUCUCUCGCAUCCGCAUCGACCGCGACGCCGUCGGAUAUAUCACCUACCGGAGUAAGGACUCCGCUGACGCCGCCAUCGCCGCCGGUGUUGACCCUUCCUUCGGAAUCACCGUCAAUUCGAAAAAGGUUCAGGUUCUGUGGGCAACUGACCCUCUAGCCAUGUGGAGGGAAGGAGUUGGUAAUAACAAGGAUAAAAGCUCCAUGUCAAAGCUUGUGCGUGCUGAGGUGCCCUUGAGAAGGCAUGGAAGGGGUAAUAGACUCGCAUCAUCUAUAGGGAAUACCAAAAGUAUUCAGGAUAGGUUGGGUACUUCAGUUCUAGAAGCGCCUUUCAGGGGCAGGGAAAUUGUUGCUUAUGAUGAUAUUCUGUAACUUUGAAAGUAGAUAAUUUUAUGGGGUUUUCUUAUUUUGUAUCAUUGAUCUGAAUUUGAGAUUUAUAUCUUCCUGUCUUCGUAGUUUUUUCCUUUUUCAUUUUUAUGUUCAUGAGAGCUUCUAGGAAGUAUUAGUAUGGAAGCUAAUCAUGUGAUUUAGUUUGUGGUUGUGUUGUUUAAUGCCAUAAUAUAAUGUAAUUGGUAGUAGCUGGUUUCA